UGUUUUGUGACGUCCCUGGAAGCGGAACCACGUUAUACCUCUGUGGUGCAUUCAUUUCACCCCUUGUUAUUUACAGCCUGUUUUCUGCGUUUAAUACUUCAUUAAAACGUGACAAUCUAAAAAUGCGCAGAAGGACAGACGGCCAAGAAGCUACUGGAGAUGCUAGGACAGGCAAAAAGACUGAUAGACAGACUGCCGGUUCAGGAGAGAUCAUUCAACAACAUCGACCACAACAAGGGGCUAGAAACCACAGAUGCUGGUCGACUGUAAUGUCAGUUGGAAAAUGUCUCUUUCUCAUCGUCCUCAUCCCUCCCUUUCUGAAUUACGCAUCACUGCAAAGAGAGGGCCAACUGUUGCUGCCUAAAGGUAGUGAACUUAUAGAUAUUGGUUUUGGCCAAAAGAUGCAUCUGAUGUGUAAAGGACAAGGACAACCAGUUGUCAUACUGGAUGCCCCCACUGGUAUGUCCUCAGACGUCUGGUUCCAUGUACAGGAGAACAUUGCACUUUUAACCAAGGUGUGUACCUAUGACAGAACGGGACUGGGGUUCAGCAAAAGAGUUCUGCUGAAUGAAAGUACAGGGACUGAGAAAGUCUGGGGGAUGUCAACCACUGGACGAAUGGUGGAUGAUCUCCACCGCCUCAUCAAGUCAGCUGGUCUGGCUCCACCCGUCAUCCUGGUUGGUUCUGAACUGGGUACUCUCAAUGCCAGAUUCUACAGUCACAUCCAUGACACGCAGGUGUCAGACCUUGUGCUUAUUGAUCCUAUCCCAGAGGAUAUCUUUGACGAAGACGCGUGGCAGAAGUACUGGUACAGUCAACUGGUGCCGUCCCUCCAAGCCAUGCAGUUCUCAGCUGCCACAGGCAUCAGUCGCAUCCUCAUUAUUCUGGGGCUUCUAAAGCCCGCCAUCAGAGGGGAAAACAUUGCUGAAGACCUCAUACAAAGACAGAAAUACCUCCUGAGUAACCCAGCACACCAGAGCAGUGCUGUUGAUGAACAUUUCUUCCUGAAUGAAAGUGCUUCUCAAGUCAGGGGAAUCUCCAAAUUUAAACCCCUCUCCAGUGGGACUUCUGUGAGCGUGAUCAUUGGGGAUUCUUUUGAUGAGCGAAUUCCAGCUCAUCUAAAUGAAGUUGUGGCCCAGCUUCAGAAGAAGCUCCUAGAGCAGACUUACCCCACGGCCAGACAGAUCCAUGUAAAAGGAGCAGACCGACGGAUGAUUUACAUGCAGCCGUCUGUUGUUAGCAAACACCUGUGGAACCUGGUGUCCCAACGGCAGUCGAAACAGCAGAGCCAGUGAACACAGAUCUGGAGGAUGUGUCUAGCAGGUUGUAAUUGUAACAUUGCCAUUCUGUGUCAGUGACACACUGCUGUUGCCAAAUGUCAUGACAGCACUUGUUACUUGAUGAUGAAGCCCCCUGUGUGGUGUGUUAGAGAUUCCAUGUUAUUCAGGGAUGAUUUUUUUUUAACUGACAGAUGUUUUUCCUUAAAAUUUAUAAAUCCUUUUUUAACAUUUGUCAAUUUUCAGCUGUCCCUCCUUGUACCAAAAUGUACCCAGUAUCCAUUACAUUGGUACACUGUAUUUUGAAAGAAAAGACCAAACAUUAAAUUAUCCUGAGGAUUUAAGUUUAAUUAUGACACCACAUCAAAAUAAAAAUUAUUUCCAACAGUU